GAAAAGGAACAAUGUUGUGCAGUAUAAGAAAUUGCAUACCGUCUGUGGUGAGACGUAUUUCAUUAUUUCGUCAGAAUAAUAAACGGUAUGAGAUAAAUAAUAAUAGUGAAUUUGUGAAUAAGGUGAUGAACGGCACUGUGCCAGUUAUAGUCAAUUUUCACGCAGAUUGGUGCGAUCCUUGUAAGAUAUUGACACCUAAGUUAAUAGAACUUAUAGAGCCUAUGGAUAAGUUAGAUUUAGCUAUAGUUGACGUAGAAGAGAAUCCUGAAUUGGUACACGUCUUCGAGGUAAAAGCUGUACCUGCAGUAAUAGCGAUUUCAAAUGGCCUAGUCGUAGACAAAUUUAUCGGUUUAGUCAAUAACGAGAUGAUAAAGAAUUUAAUACAAAAACUAACGCACGAAGGACCAAUAACUACGGAAAGUAACGAUACUAAGUCCUAGUCAUGGCAGUAUAGCAAAUUAUAUAUAAAAUACACACUUUAUGCUUCCAUUUCUCUCUAUCAAUUAAAUGUAUUUUCAUACUUGUAGAGAGAAUGUAACAUUUCAAGCUAUUUCGUCCAAGAAU